AUGAAAUCUGACGUCGAGGAUCUAAUGCCACGGUUGCUGCCCAUUGAUUGUGCAGACACCUUAGCGCCUCUCAACCUGGAUGGUCCUCCAAGAAACCCCCGAGAGUACCUUCGACAAGUCCAGUUAGAGGCAGCGUUAUGUCCAGAAGUGGUCGUUGCUCAGAUUGACCCCAAGAAGUUAAAGAAGCAACAAACUGUCAACAUAUCUGUGGCAGAGUGCCAUGCCGCUCCAGCUGGGUUCUCUCCCAGCUUGCACUGGCAACAGAGGCAAGUCAGCAAUUUUUCCGAUGUCAGACAGAGUAUCACAAAGAACAGACAACACUGGAGCUGCCACUCUCUUGAUGACAACGUCCUAAUGCCGACGCAAGCAGAUGAGGAAGGCUGGAAGAGAUUCUGUUUAGGAGAGCAGGCCUUUCAAGGUUUAUCGUCCUGUCACACUGUUGCGGAGGCAGGGUUGGACUAUAGCAAGGUCGGCUUCCCGCCUCUCCUAACUAUCGUCAGUCGGCUCAGUCAGUCCACUGUGUUGACAGUGUUGGACAUUCUUAUCAGUUGGUUUGAAGAGGUCGGUUUUAUCCCCCAACUGGGCCGCUGGUUGUAUGCACUGUUGGCCUGUUUAGAGAAGCCAUUGCUGCCCGAAGCCCAUUCUUCAAUAAGACAAUUAGCCAGGAGAUGUGCUCAACUACGUCGCAACCUGGUGAGUCAAGAUGAUGACAACUUGCCAGCUCUCAAUCUUCUCAUCUGUUUGGUUGCAAGAUACUUUGAGCAGAAUGACCUGGCAGACCGUCCAGAGUGA